UUCACUGUGAUGGCUCAAGUGAUCAAAGUCGUUUUUCAAUGCAGUUGCUUCUGAAUGCAUUGAAAAAGCAAGUUAGGCAUUUCACUGGUUUGGGAAAUACCCUUAUGACUUACAACCUUAGGCCUGUCAUUGAAGAAAUUCAAAGGUCUGCGGAGGAUAGUGGUGACAGACGAAAUUUGAAGAUGUGCUUGGGGAUGCUAAAGUCCAUGAGAAAUCGUUGUGAUCAGAAUUUUGUUGCUUAUAGAAAGGGUCUUGGUGUUGUUUGCAACAAAAAAGGUGGAUUCGGUGUAGAUGACUUUGUUGUUGAAUUCUUUGGGGAGGUUUACCCUUCUUGGAGAUGGUAUGAAAAGCAAGAUGGUAUUAAACAUAUACAAAACAACAGUGAAGAUCAAGCUCCUGAGUUUUACAACAUUAUGUUAGAAAGGCCAAAGGUUUUGUUGAGUCUCUGA